AACAUCAAGCAAAGAUAUCUUCAUGGAUUAAUCAUGUAGAAGCUCCUUAUAAUAUAUAUAAAAAUCCAUAUGAUUAUAAAUUAAUUUUUAAAGCUAGCAUAAAUGGGUUUAAAGUCGACGAUUUCUAUGAAAAAUGUAACAACAAAUGCAAAACCGUUGUUGUAUUGAAGACCCAUUCAACCAAUGAAAUUCUCGGAGGAUAUAACCCUCUUAUAUGGAAAAAAACAAAAAAUAGAAAGUAUAAAAAAACAGAAGAUAGUUUUAUUUUUAAGUUUUCUGAUACAAUGUCUACCAUUAGUAGAGUGGUAAAUGCCGAUAAGGCAAUUUAUUAUGAUGAUUGUUCUGGCCCGUCAUUUGGUAAAAGGGAUCUUUCUUUACAAUGCAAUAUGGUUGUAAAUGAUAAGUGGUAUUGUAAAAAGAAAUGUUAUAGUGAACAGCUUCGUUCAGUGUAUGGUUUUUUUAACGCUAGUGAUUAUGAA